AUAGUUCGUCGUGCGGAGUCACCGAGCGAGCUACGCGUCGGGGCGUUUGCUCUACCGUUUUGUGCGUAAUUCAAUAGCAACAGUGUGUAAUUAGUGGUGAAACAAUCUUUAGACAUGCAUCGUCUAUUGGGUUUAUUCCUCUCAAUGGGGUUAACGGAAAAGCGGCGACAUAAAGUGCGGCUAGUCGUCCAUUCGCUGCUACCCAUUCUUUUAACGAUCUUUGUUAUCCACGUCCCACAAAACAAAACAGCGUCCAGCUCAGGCGAAAGUUAUGAAAAUGACCUCAUUAUACAGGAUAAUUUGGCUGAUUACUUCCCCGGUGAGCUGGUCAACAAACUAUUCUACACCCCUCAAACUGAGCUGACCGAAAAUCUGAUGGAAACUGUGCGCCAGCAGUUAUUCAUUGUGGACGAACGAGUUGUACCUUUUGCUAGUGAUGCUGAAAUGGAAUUCGCACUGCUGGACAACCCGUACAUAUGUUUUGGAGUUAGUUUUCUAAACAUUUCUGACGGAGGUGUCUUAUCGUUCGUUAUACGGACAAAAAACAAUAACUUUCGCACGGAUGACGUAUAUUCGCAAGACGUCUUUUCCAGCUACCAAAAGCGAGACAAUGAGUAUGUGGAGAGUGGUUUUCUAGCGCUCCAAAAUGCAGUCGAUCAGUCGUACGUGUCGAUGCUGGCCAAGCAAAACAAUAACAUCGCGGAACCAAAACUGCAUGUGGCUUACGGGCACAUUCUCGUGGAUGAUAAAAAGGGCCCACAGGAACCGAUACCAACGAUCCAUCUCAUGACUGUUCUAGCCGUAGUGUUCGUCAUAAUUGACAUAUUCGCUUUGCUUCUUCCCAUGGUUGAAGAGCGGGCAAACGGCAUGAGAGAACAUUUGAAAAUCGCUUCUUUACAAAGCUACUGGAAAGAAGUUGCACUGUUUAUUUUGAAUUUUAUUCAGUUCUGUGUGGAUUUCUUGAUAUGCCUAGCAAUAGCCGUCGGAAGCGGGUUUUGGGACGCGACCGCAGCGCUAGUGGUGUACCUCAUAAUACUGAGCGCGUUGUUUGUGACGAAUCUGAUUACUUUCACUUUCUUCCUGAGCACUACAGUAGAAUCCCCAACGGUGGCGACCGCAGCAGCGCCAAUCAUAUUUUUUGGGCCAUAUUUUCUGUCAAUUUUAAGCACAAAACUAGUGCUACCCUUUGGGGUGUUUCCCGUUACCGGCCUAUGCUACGCAGGACUAACGUUGGAUGUGUUUAAAUCCUCGGGCCAUUUGUUUCAGGCUCACAAUCUAUUCACUGUGGGUUAUCCUGGACUACAGAAUAUAAGCUUGUUUCGUAUAUUUGUUGGUCAACUCUUUGGAUCAGCACUGUGGCUGUUUCUAUGGUUCUACGUUUCGAACGUUUUUCCCGGACGGUAUGGCACACCAAAGUCCAAAGGCUUUUUCUUGUCGAAAAGCUACCGGACACGGUUAAGUGAUAGCGUCAAAAAUAGAUCAAAAAAUACAAACAAAAUUACCGCUGAAAGCCAACACGACUUGCAGCAAAACUCAAGCGCAAGCAAUGAGCUGGACAACAAUUUUGAAACAAUCAGUAUGGAGUACAUCGAUCAAGCGGCUGACCCGAUUGCAGUGGAACUAGAUCAGCCUUCAAACGAAACAUCUGGUGAAAACUCGAAACCAGUCGUACGCAUUUCUAAGCUAAACAAAGUUUUCAAAGGCCGAACGGGUGGUGCCAAGUUGGUGGUGAAAGAUUUUUCACUCUCGAUCUAUAGUCAGAGUCUCACCGUACUGCUCGGUCACAACGGGGCAGGCAAGACGACGACGAUGAAUAUCAUCACUGGAAUAUUGCCUCGCACCUCCGGAACGAUCGUAGUGGAUGGGGAGCAUGACGCAAAUCAAUACCGCCAGAGAAUAGGCUUUUGUCCACAGCACAAUGUGUUCUUUUCGUUCCUAAACUGUCGGCAACAUUUAGAGUUUUUCGGGUGUUUGAGAGGUUUAAGCAAAGCCGAAGCAAGGAACGAAGCGAAAAUCGUGCUGGAAAAGGUAAAUCUACUCGAUAAGAGUGAAUCGCUCGUACACACACUGUCCGGCGGUAUGAAGCGUCGGCUUAGUCUGGCAAAUGCUAUCAUUGGCCACACGAAGCUGCUGAUUUUAGAUGAACCGACGUCCGGUUUGGAUCCGGAAUCGCGUCGCGACAUUUGGGACGUGUUGUUGAAAUUGCGCCAAAAACAUACGAUUUUACUGACGACACAUUUCAUGGAGGAAGCGGACGUGCUGGCUGACUGGGUAGCGAUCAUGGAGGAGGGUGCAUUGGUGGCGUUCGGUUCACCUUUGUACCUGAAACGGGAGUACGGCAAGGGUUACACGUUAAAACUAUUCAAGGCGAAGAACUUUGACGAAAGACAAACCUGGUCGUUGAUCCAACAUCACGUACCAAAAGCUUUCGUUCGAGAUUCGGUUCAAGAAAUAUUUGCCGUUACGCUGCCAUACGACGAUGUAGCACAGUAUGCGGCUAUGCUGAAAGAGCUAGAGGUGACCAAGAAGAAUCUAGGCAUCGAAACGAUCGGUAUGGCCAAUGCAACGCUCGAGGAAGUGUUUCUAAAUUCCAGCACGCGUAAAAAGGAUCUUCAACAUCAUCCAGAAAGUGUCGAUUGUGUAGACAGCCCACCGGAUCCAUUAACGAACGAAGUAACUUCGAGGGAAACGGGAUCCAAAACUACGCCUCUACACGCAAAAAAUGUUUGUUUCGCGAUUUGGCGCAAAAAGUGGAUACACAUGAAGUGCAACAAGCACAUUUACGGUUUCUUGCAUGCGCUGCCACUACUGGUGACGGUAUUAUGCUUUUUGUUCACUACCGGUAAGAUCGAUGCUGCGAAAACUCUUCCAGCGGUAACGUUAAAUGCGGACGUGAUCGACCAGGCGCUCGGUGUGCUUGUUAUCAAUCGUGCCACUGAUAGCGGUGGCAAUGAAGUGUUCAGGAACCUUGAGACUAUUGAAUCGGAUUUUAAACGAUCUACGGUUAAUGGCGUGCGGAUGGUGGUAGAGGAAAAUGUGUCCUUGCUAGAUUCGUUACGCAAACGGAUCGCUGAAGACUACACUGGGUAUCGGGACCGUGUAGUGGUAGCAAUUGAAUGUAACAUUACCGGCGAUGCCGUAGAGGUAACGGUGCUGUAUAACAACAAUCUCGUCCAUAGUACAGGAAUAGCGGAAUCUGUUUUUGCAACAAUAUUGCUACGCUACUACGCCGGUGUACCAGACGCAAUAGUUCAUACGGAUAACAUCCCUUCUACGCGCAAACAGCUUAUAGACAUCAAGACACCUUUCUUCUUCACAGAGCUGAUCGCGAUAGCGUUCAUGUUCUACAUGCUGAUAUAUCUGACAGUGCCUUUACACGAGCAUUUGACCGGCUUUCGGCAGCUUCAAAACAUAAACCGAUACGUUUAUUGGACCGGCACGUAUUUAUUCGAUCUGUUCGUGCAUACGCUACUAUGUGUGCUAGUGAUCGUGCUCGUUGGUCUGUUGGAUCAUAAUGAGGCAUUUAGUGAAUUGUCCAAGGUCCAUAUAUUUUUUAUACUUUGGCUGUACGGAGUACUUGCGCUGGUGGUGAUUUACAUCAUCAGCCAGUGUGUGGAGAGUGCCAACACUGCGAUCACAAUUAUGAGCUAUCUUAUGAUUGUGGGAGUUGCUUGCGUCUUAAUGCUCUCCAAUGGAUACGAUGAUAUCAAGAACAAUGCACCCUGGAUUGCGAUAUUGCAUAUCGUUCCCGAGUUUGCGCUCAAACACUCAAUGCGUGUGGUGUACGAAAAUCAAAAGCUUAUUAUAUACGAACACAUGUCCAAGCAGCAGAAUAGGGAACAUUCGACCACAUUCGCUAACAAGCGAAUCUACCCAACGACUUUUUACAUAAUUGCACCGUUUGUUUUUGUAGCCCUGGUAGUCAUUCUGAACGAAGUGGUGGAAAACAUGUACACAAGAGAAAGGGUAAAGAUAAGGGGAGAAUUGGCCAGUGAAAACAUUCGUAAAGUAGUCCGGCAGGUCAGCCGUUCGAUAUCGAGAGAGGACGAACGAUCAAAGAUUAACCGCCAGCCGGAAGAAGGAGAUGGACGCGACGAAACGGACAGUCCGGUAACGAAUUGCGAUGACGUGGAUCAGCAAACGAAGUUGGUAAACCAUUUAAUAGAAUCAAAGGAAGACAGCAAGCAGUAUGCGAUCAUAGUAAAGGCGUUGAAAAAAACGUAUUCCCAGCACGAGGCAGUAAAGUGUGUCAGCUUUGCUGUGAAGAAAGGUGAAUGCUUCGGAUUGCUCGGAAUGAACGGGGCCGGCAAGACGACCGUCUUUCAAAUGCUGUCACGCAAUCUCCCUGCAUCGGAAGGGAAAAUUUAUCUACAGCACUGCGAGGUACGCGAGGCGGACGCUUUGGAAUACCGGCAUCAAUAUGGCUACUGCCCGCAGUUCGAUGUACUGCUUGAUUUUAUGACCGUGUACGAGGUGAUCGAUUACUUUGCACAGCUUAAGGGAGUCGAAGCGAGAGAUACGCAUAUCACAAGCUGGCUGGUUAAGUUGGACAUCCUACAGUACAAGGAUCAUACACUGGACGAAUGUUCGGGAGGUACCAAGCGCAAGGUCACCACAAUAUUGGCACUGCUCGGUGGUCCAUCGGUCGUACUGUUAGACGAACCCACCACCGGUGUUGAUCCAAAGUCGCGACAUUUCUUGUGGAAAACGAUCAAAGCUAUUCAGCGGAAAAACCAAACGAUACUGCUCACCUCACACAGCAUGGACGAAUGCGAGGAGCUUUGCAAUCGGCUCUCGAUUAUGGUUGAUGGGCAGCUUCGGUGUGUAGGCACCAUCCCAGAGUUGAAAAAACGGCACGGACAAGGAUACAACUUAUGGAUAAAGUUGAACAUCACGUUGAUUGAUCGUGAAAAUGUAGCGGGUGAUUUUGCUCAAUUGAUUCAUGAGGUAACGGAGUGCUGCAAAGCCAAACUGCAGGAGGAACAUAAGGGUUUAUUAAAAUUCGUCGUAAGUCCAUCGCUUGAACUAUCUGAGCUGUUUCACCAGGUCGUAGAGCUUAAAGAGAAACGUACUGAGCAAAUCUUAACUUAUUCAAUUUAUGAAACUUCUCUGGAAGAUAUUUUUCUUAAUUUUCGACCCAAAAAACAGCAACAUGGUUGAUAAAUGUGUUUUAGUUUAUGGCUGUCACCAUCGUUGUAAAGAUUUCGGCCCCACGAAGAAUCUUUACGGAGCAUCCAUUCAAAUUUCAAUCUUGUUUAGCUUCGAUCACCGAACCAACGGAGAUCUUGUAACCAAAGAUCAUUUAAAAUUUCACCCCAUACGCUUCAGAAUCAUCAACUCCGCUCAUUUCGAUUUAACAAACAGGAUUGCUAAACAAAUUGAGAUGUUUCUGCUCUAUUUAUUAAAAGUUAGCAGUAAAUGUCUAACGUUAAAAUUGCAUAUUAUUAAUUACGUUAAAACAGACAAUCACAUGAUUGCCUCGCCUUCUGCGGAACAAACUUUUUCUUUGAUUCCGGUAUUGUGUGAUCGCACCGUAGCUUCAGCAACACUGUUUGGAUGGAAUAAAAUAUGCAAAAUGCAGAAAA